UGUCAAAUCCCAUCCCACCUUCGAUGUGCUUCGGGAUCUGUGCGGUUCCCGAACAUCCCGUCCUCAUAUACCUACCACGUCAGCGGACCUGUGAGCCAGUCGAGUCUCCAGUCUUCUCGCACAUCCCUCUCUCUCUCUCUCUCACUCUCUCUCACUCACCCUCUCUCACUCACCCUCUCUCCCUCACACACACGCACACACACACACCAACUGCUGUCCCCAUCGUCGGCUGCUUUCUCUUCGUCAGCUGUCUAUCCGCCGCCCACCGUUCACCCCAACCUCCCCCGGGAAAUAGACGAAGCGGAAUAAGAGAAGGCAAAAGAGUGAGAGAAAUAUGGGCAUCGGCGCCGUGGCAGAGCCCUUGGUGGUCAUCACCCUCUUGUUCGGCGGCACCUUCUUCAACCGCAACACCGGCGGCAACACUUACGACAACCUGGGCUGGAAGGGCGGCUCCGACAUCGACGAUGUAGAACACAAGCGGUCGGACGAGCGCCGUUCGGGCGUCUCGACCCCGGAAUCGGAAGACUCCCUCCUUUCGGUGGGCGCCUGGAGCCCGUCCUCGACGCUGGCGCCGCACGAGGAGCCCCCGCUGCGCACGCGCAGGAUCAAGUUCUUUGGCUACCAGCGCCUCGUCACGACGCCCAACACGAGGGUCUUCAAGGACAGGCUCCUCAGCCGGGUGCUCCGCAAGUUCCCGUUCCUGGUGGAGGCGUGGUACUGGGCUCUUCUUUACUGGGUAAGCCAAGGACCUCGCCACUGGACGUGUGUAAUCGUAUACCAAAUCGGCCGCGCCUUCACCGCGCUCACGCUCAACGAGGGGACGGUCGACGUCGCUCGCCGGCACGCGCUCCAGCUCAUCCACCUCGAGCAGCGGCUGCACGUCUUCAUCGAGGUGCCGGUGCAGCAGUACUUCCUGCAGAUGCCGACCGUGAUCCACUGGAUCAACCGCAUCUACUCCUUCAUCCACAUCCCCGGCACCAUCUUCUUCCUCGUCGUCCUCUACUUCGUCACGACGACCCGCAAGCGCCGCGCCCUCGCCGCCCGGCCCGCCGGCAACGAGGCCGUCCGCUGGAACGCCGCCGGCCCCGCCCUCUACGAGGCCCGCCGCCGCACCAUGGCCACCUGCAACCUCCUCGCCUUCGUCGUCUUCACCCUUUGGCCCUGCAUGCCGCCCCGCCUGCUGAGCGACCCGAAGUACAGCGGGCCCGACGCCGGCGAGGCCAAGAGCUUCGGCUUCGUCGACACGGUGCACAGCGGCUCCGGCGAGAGCAGCGUCUGGACAACGAAUAAGUUUUGCAACCAGUAUGCCGCCAUGCCCUCUCUGCACUUCGGCUACUCCCUCCUCAUCGGCCUCACCGUCGCGACCCUGCCGAUGCCCUCGCUCCGCUCCCGCCCGUGGAGGCGCUUCGCCGUCGUCGCCCUCGGCAUGGCCUACCCGGCCCUGAUCCUGACCGCCAUCGUCGCGACCGCCAACCACUUCGUCCUCGACGCCGUCGCCGGCGCCAUCGUCUGCGGCAUCGCGUGGAACUGCAACGGCGUCCUGCUGAACCUGCUCGUCGUCGAGGACUACUUCCUCCGCGUGCUCCGCAUCCACAAGCCCGUGAACUGGACCGAUCCCGAGGUCGCCGCCGUCGAGCGGGAGUGGAAGCCCAGCGCGGCGUUGAGCGAUAGCGUCUAGGUGUUUUUUACUUUAUUUUUAUUUUUAUAUUUUUUUUAUACUUUUUUAUUCAUCUUUUUUACGUUUCAUACGGGGCAGAUGCGAAUUAGUGA